AUGGUUAGCCAGCUCUUCACCGCUUCAAUUCUGUUUGCAAGUGCCCUGGCUGGAAGUCAUGAGUUCAAGUUCUACUGUGAGUCAGGGGCUUGUGAUGAGUCUACGUGCAGUGGCAUUAAGGACAUCACCGAAUUCACUACUUGCUAUCAUGACAAGGCGACAUCUGACGGCAUCACGUUCCUAACAGUGGAUACUUACAAAGGAAAGACGAGCGAGGAACUUUGCGCGAAUAAGGAUCCUAUUAACGGAGGCGAUCUCUUCACCAUUUCCCCUAAGAUUCCCACGACUUGGACAGCUAACAACAUCACGCUUGUCGUUGAUGGCACUCCCGACGCCACGGCAAAAGCCGAUUGUAUGAGUACACUGAAGUUCGCGACUUAUACAUUGGUGGAAGGUGUGAAGGAAGACACAUUCAAGGCAGCUGUGUGCACUGACAAGAAGGUACCGGAUGAGAAGGUGGCUACAGAGGUUGAGUGGAAGGCUCUAUACACCGACAAGAACACGAACAGUUUUACGUUCUUGUUCCCCCAUGUUGGCAACUACGUUACUAUACAAGGCGAAGCAGCGAAGUGCAAGGACAUCACCUACUCGUCGUUGUCUAUGCAAUUCUCAGACUCGAACGUAUUGAGCGGUAGCGGGGUCGGCGCUUCUGUUCUGGCUGGAGCUACGAUAGCUCUGGGCCUCUCAGCUCUUCUCUAA